AUGGAUAUGAGCAAAACUAACCAUACAUACCAUGUAACAAAGAAACGUGGCUUCAAGUACUUGCAGUCAGAUAUAAGCUCGAACACCAACUCGUGCUGUCUUGAAGAGGGAUUUGAUCUUAUCAUCAACUGUACACUUAACCCAAGUUUGCUCCCAAGAGGAAUAACAACCAACAAAACAUUACAUCUAAAAAGGAAUUCAACGGAGAUCAGAACUAUAGAUAUAUCAACUUCUGAUCAAGGAAUGAGUGUUUUGAUACCAACUGUAACUGAAAAUGAUACAGCUUGGUACCAUUGUUGUCUGCAUUCUAAUUGUACUCGACUCUACUUUAUCAUCCGAAAAGCGCCGCCUAGGCCGACAGAUUUUGAAUGCGUAAUAAGAAUUAGUCAAGGCAUGGAAUGCACUUGGACUAGCAAAGAGAAAUGUGUCAACUGGUCCUUACAGUAUGAGACUAAACCUGAUCGUCCUACAUUGAGAUCCGAUCCAUUAAACCAAAUAGAGUGUGAUUCGGAGAGGACUCCUAUCGUACACGAUUGUGAGAGUCCGUGUGCUUUGUACGUUCGCAACGAAGGAAACACAUGUAUAAAAAAUGUUUGGAGGCUGCAAUCACCGCCGUCGUUGGGUGUCGUUUAUAAUUUCAACCUGACAGGAACAGGGGUCUUUGGAGCAUCAAACUACCACUACAGCUUCAAUGCUAUUUAUGCCAUUAAACUUGACGACCUAUCAGAUUGCAGUCAUGAUUUUAACGGAAGCACAAUUGCAAAAGUAUGGUGUGAAUCUCCAUGGAAAGCAGAUGGGUUUCAAAAUGGUAUCGAAUGUAAUAUAACGACCGAGUCAAUAUACAGUUCAAACUCCAUCAAUAAAGUUUACACUACUGGAACGAAGAUUUGUCAUCGUCUGGACAAGUGUCAUCCGUACACAUUGUACAGUGUGUCUUUGAUGUGUCAGGUCAGAGAAAGUCGUUAUUGGGCAAACCCUAUUGUUUACAACUUCACUACACCAGAGGAUGUACCGUUAGUCGGGCCUUUGACAAGUAACCAAUCCUAUUCAGUUUGGUAUACAGAUGUUAUAAUAUAUAUUAAGCCACCCAGUGUAUACCAAAGACAAGGAAAAUUGACUGGUUACACUUUGCACGUCGAAUCGUCAAUGGGGUCUCUAAAUAAAACGUUCAAAGAAGACGAAACAUCUUUAAGAUUUUCAAGUAGCAAUUUGACCAAUUCUGUGAACUACAAAGUAACUAUAUGGUCACAAACGAAAAGAGGUUAUUCAGUGAAAGGAACCUUGCUGUUUAUAGUGUUAAACUCCUCAAGUGCAAUCAUAUCUGAGGUGAUAGUCGAGAAACUGAGCAGCAAAUACCUAGUAACAUGGAAACGUCCAGCAAAUACUUUUACAAAUUGUAUAUACCAUUGGUGUCUUUCCAAACCUAGCAUGCAGGACGGUAAAGACUACGUAACAUGCCUGGAAAACUACAAUUUUAAUGAAUCAACACUUACACAGUCAUAUAUUACUCCACUGGAGGAACACAAUGGGUUGUCGUGGUAUUUCGGUGUGUCGCAAGAAAAUACUGGAAUUCGAUGGCAAGACUGUGUCUUUGCAAAUGGACAACCACCACAGAAACCUGACCGUAUCACUGUAUCAGGGAACGAAUUCACCGUGCCAUUUUGUUCAAAAGAGUUACAGAAAGGACCAAGACCUAUAUCAUACCUCGUACUGUAUUAUAAUAUUAACAAAGAUACAGAACAAAAUAUCUCCAUUCCUGCAAGUUUAAAGACAACCUUCAGCGCCAAGCAGCUGGGCUUAAAUGGAGAGACAAACUACUCUGUAAAGUACAAGAUUAUUUACUCUGGUGAUCGACAAUCAGACUACAGUGACUUGGUAUCCAUCAAAAUUAAAGCUUACGAGUCAUUAAGCAGUUUGAGAAGUUCCAGCACUUUAAAGGAAAUUCUGAAGAUUGCCGGAAGUAUAAUUGCAGCCAUUGUCUUCCUGAUUGCAGUUCUUUAUUUGAUGUACAAUGCGUUCAAAAAGUGGAAAAAUAUUGACGUUAAUAUAGAUACCGUGGAAAUGCCGGUCUCCGAUACGACUGAGAGCUACGAGGAAAAGAUUGAAAUAACCAUACCCACAGAACCAGACAGUGGCCGCCACACCCUCUCUUCAACAGUUACCGAUAAACUAACAUUCAUUUCACCAACUUCAGAACAACAUACUCACAUCAAUUUUUCACGUGAUGAUCAUUAUGUUUUAGCAACAACCAAAGACAAUCUGACGAUUUCUACUGACAUAAAAAUGAAUGCCAUACAGCAGCUACCCCCGGUGACUGACAUGGCAACAUCCGAUGACGUAUCCAGUAGCGAUAGCUGUGCUAUUGAACAAAUAAACAGUAGUCGGGUCGUAUUUUCAAAGAACCAGGAUACAGGUUACAUUCAAGUAACUGAUAUCCAUGUUCUAUCGACUCCAGUAGUAACUGGAGAUCAUUCACGAAAAGAUGCGAAAGAAUGUUCUUUACCGGAAGGAUGUUCUUCUGGCAGAACAAACGCAUCGUGUAGUUUGCACGAUGACGUAUCCAGUAGCGAUAGCUGUGCUAUUGAACAAAUAAACAGUAGUCGGGUCGUAUUUUCAAAGAACCAGGAUACAGGUUACAUUCAGGUAGCUUAUAUCCAUCUUCCAUCGACUCCAGUAGUAACUGAAGAUAAUUCAUGA